AUGCCAAAUCUUGUCCCUCCCUUGACAACUGUUGACAAAGUUCUUGAAUACCAAGGCAAGCUCCGCGCUGCCUCGCCAAAUGUUCAUUUCCUCAUGUCCCUCUACCUUCACCCGUCAGUUACACCAGAGACUAUUGAAAAGGCAGCAGAGGCGGGAAUCACAGGCGUCAAGCUCUACCCUCAGGGGGCGACCACCAACUCUGAGCAUGGAGUAGCCAACAUCGAGGCAUUCUAUGACACCUUCGCUAGCAUGGAGAAGCAUGGUAUUGUUCUCAACAUACACGGAGAGGUCCUCGAGGCCUUUGCUCCGGAAGGCACAACACUGGAAGAGGCGUUUCUCCCUACCCUCAAGCAGCUCCAUGAGAGAUUCCCAAACCUGCGCAUUGUGCUGGAGCAUUGCACCACGGCUGCGGCUGUGGAAGCAGUCAAAGCUUGUGGACCUAACGUUGGAGCGACUAUUACGGCUCAUCACCUUUACUUGACCGAGGCCGAUGCUUGCUGCGACCCUUUUGCAUUCUGCAAGCCCAUCCCCAAGAAGCCCACUGACCGGGACGCCCUGCUCAAGGCUGUCGUCAGUGGUAACCCUAAAUUUUUCUUUGGAAGCGACAGCGCACCCCAUCCGCUUGUUUCCAAGACUACUGCUGCCCAGGGUAAGGCGCCAGCUGGUGUCUUUACGCAACCCUAUGUGACCCAACUGGUGCUGUUGGCGCUGGAGGAAGGUAUUGAACGCGGUGUCAUUAGUGAAGAUGAUGUUACUCAGGAGAAGCUCGAGGGAUUCCUCAGCAAGUUCGGAAGACGCUUCUACAAGCUGUCCGAAACCUCUGGGAACAAAAUCAUCCUAGAAAGGAAGGGUGAGAAGAUCCAAGCCAGCGUGAAGAGUGAGAGCGGAGCGGUAGAGGUUGGAAUUUCGAGAGCAGGGACGGAAGUCUUUAGCUUGACGUGGGUCAAGGCGGCGUGA